AUGUUUCCCAGCGGCUUUCCGCCCGCGUCUGGCAUGGCCCCGGCAGUGAUCUGGUCGAACACGCAAGGAUUGAGCGAGGGUCACAGGAUCUUCGUCGCCCCCGACGGCGGCGUCUACUAUCCCAGCCACCCUGUACCGCACAGCUACAUCCGCUUCAACCGCCCGCCCGGUCGAGAAUACUCCGCUGGUCCCUUCCCCAGCCAGGGUCCCUUCCCCAGCCAGGGUCCCUUCCCUAACCAGGGUUCCUUCCCUGGCCCCGCCUGUGGUAUGUGCUUCUCCGGUCACUUCCCCGGACCAUCCUCAGGCCACUUCCCCGCGCCCGGCCAGAACGACGGUAACGCGUACCUAGUCGUGUACCCGCAGCAGCCGAGCCGCCAUGGCUGCCGUCGCAGAUCCGAGACCCGCCCCUUCGCGCCUCAGGGCUACUGGGUCUCCGCGCCCGAUUACAGCCAGGAUGGAAGUCGCGGUUACAGCCGCGCCUAUAGUGCCGACCCCAACUGGCGGUCGGCCAGCCAUCAUCCGUUCGGGCAGACCGCAACACCACACCCGUGUCGCUGCGGGGCUUAUUGCCGAGCACCCGCCCCUGACACCGUCCCCUCGGACCAGCCCGUCCCCUCGGACCAGCCCGUCCCCUCGGACAAGCCCGUCCCCUCGGGCAAGACCGUCGUCCCACCCAGCACGUUGCCCACCGCCGUUACGGACGAGGGCACAAUGGACUGUGUAGACGACCUUCCUGCCACCCGACUUCCCGCCGAACGACUUCCCGCCCCCCCGCCUCCAACCAAACCGGCGACGACCAAAACGGUGACCAAGACGGGGGCGACGACUCAACAGAAGACGGUCCUUACUGGCGGGGCUGCGGUCGAGACGAUAGCGCGCUCCGUUUCAGUUGAUAGCGCCGUGUUGCGUGUGGCCAAUAAGACCGCACCAGGCAAGGAGGCACUGGCGCCACUGGUCGUUGCAGAUUGCCUCCCGGAAAGGCGGAAGCUGCUCGAGGUCCAGAGUGCACGUAGCCGGAAGAUGUCACUGGUUGUUGACUGCACGCCCCGCAGCACUGGCUCACGGAGCACCCCCGCCGUUCAGGACGACCUGGCCGAACGCGCCGUCUCACCCACCCUCUCCUGCCUACCCUCCUUCACUGGCGACGACCAGGCUCCAUUACGUCCAGACAACACUAGGUUGGACACCAGGUCGGCCAUGCGACCGCAGGCGUGUGUGGGGGAGGCGUGUGAGGAGACUCUGAGCGACAGUGGCACGGAUAGCGAUGUCUGCGAUGGUGAUCCUGUUGAGCCGAACCACGAAGAGCCGAACCACGAAGAGCCGAACCACAAGAGCCGAACCACAAAGAGCCGAACCACGAAGAGCCGAACCACAAAGAGCCGGUCCGAUUCGGGAGUAGGAUGGUGCCUCGUUUGGAGGUUCCGCGUUCGGGCGUUCCGCCUUUAG